UAAUGUUCUGGGUUCUAUUUGUUUCCUGAGAAAGAUGAGGAGAAUGGAAACUCAAAAAAAAAGAUGGGGAGAAUGGAGGAGAAAAAAGUUGAAAGCUUGGUUUGUUAUUAUGAAGUUCCAUUUGUGCUUUAAAUGUUUGGAUGUUGAGAAUAGCAAUGAGAGGAAAAAAGAGUUGGACUUUACAUCUGAGAAUGAUAUUUCCUCUUUCCAAUUGCUGAGAUUCUUGAGCUCAAAUUGGUCAUACUGAUAUUUGCCGUAAAAGAAUUGAUCUUGCUGUUUCUAGGAAUGGUGACAUCACCUAAAAUAAAGAUUCAAAAGUACAAUGUUUCUUUUGUUUUUACCCUGGCUUUCUGGAUGACCUGACCAAUCAGAAGAUUUAAGGCUUUCUUCUGUAGCUGAAGCUUGUUCCUUUAACUUUGUUUUAGGAAUCUUUGUACUUGAACUUGCUUGUCCGUUAAGCGAGCUUGAGAGUCAGUUAAUAAGGAAACGUGGUGUAGCCUUUUUAUUUCCCAUUCUUUGCUUCAAGUCUUAGGCAUUUGGAAUUCUAAUAAGGGUUUUCCCUUUGCAUGUAAUUCUGGGGGAGUUAUGUAUUCUAGGUGUUGUUUGUUGUCCCAGACAGAGAGAUGCUUUGGGAAGAAACCUUGCUCUUCAUUUUUUGCAUUCUCCGGAACUUGUUUUCGAGCUCUUGUGGUUCUACUAAUGGAGAAAUUCAAAAAUAAAUGCAAGGCACUUUUCAGUAGCAGAGGUUGUCUUGGAAGCUGUAGCCAACCCAGAUUUACUGUGGUAGAUGAGCCAUCAAGCGGACUGAGAAUUCAAGGUCAAACAGUGAGGAAAAACAGCAUGUCAGAGGAUUUCUGGAGCACUAGCACUAUUGAAAUGGAUAACAGUGCGAUUCAGUCUCAGAUAAGCAUCUCAUCAAUUAGCACUUCAAACAAUCCCCUUGACGCCCGUGGUGCGGGCAGCACAAGCAAUACUCCUGAAUUUGUAAAUCACGGUCUCUUACUCUGGAACCAGACAAGACAGCAGUGGCGUGGAAAUAAAACGUCUCGACCCCAGACACAACUUCGAGAACCUACAAUAAGUUGGAAUGCAACUUAUGAGAGCUUACUUAGUACCAACAAGCCCUUUCGCCAGCCAAUCCCUCUUCCUGAAAUGAUCGAUUUUCUUGUUGAUAUAUGGGAGCAAGAGGGUUUGUAUGAUUGAUCAAGCCAUCAAAACCCGAACAGCUUUCGUUUCUCUUUCGUUUUUGUCAUGCUUUGUACAAUUUACAAAAGUCUUUGACAUUGAAUCAUUGUAGCUUCCUAGA